UGAAAACACUGAGCCUUUAAGUGAAAACUGCUAAAAGAGAGGAGAAGGAGGGAGGAGCAGGAGGCAUGAAAUUUACACACGCCAGCAAACUCCCAAGAUCAGCUUCAAAAUAUUAUCUGGAACAACAUUAUUCUGUCCUCAGGGCUUUAGGAAAUGUCAGGUAGACAUUCCAGCCUUUUGAAUACUCUUUCUCCCUCUCUCUCCUGCUGAUUAAUCAUUUGCUUUCCCUGUGAUGUGUAACCUGGGGAUAGGAAGCAAGUCAGGGCUGCCCACAUGAUCCUGUGAAUCUCUCUGCACAAGGGGCUUUGUUUAGUUUCUUUGCACCCUCCCGGCUGGAUUGUCCAUCCCUCCAUGCAUUUCGAUUUUGCCCACCCAAGUCACACCAUGAAGUCUCAGGCCGCUUCAAGCUGCUGUUGGCUGCUUUUCUUUCUCUUUCCUAUUGCAGCAAAAGAAACCCUGGAAACUCCUUCUUUCCAGUCAGGAAUCCUAUAUCAGUACCGGUACACACUGGAUGGCCAUAUAAAUUAUUUGUCAAGGUUGCCUUUGGGAGGAAGCAAGUUCAAGGCCGAAGCAUCGGUUGAUGUGCACCUCUUGUGGAGGAAUCCCACCGAGCCAACACAGCAGUUUCUUCAAAUCCAAAUCCAUGACCUACAAGGCCAUAGUGAUAUGGAAGAAAAGAAGAGUCAAAACAUUGAUGAGAAUCAAUCUGUAAAACUGUCACUGAGUGCCAGAGACGUGGAGCAGCCGAUUUUCCUUCACUGGAAUAAAGGGAAGAUUGAAGGCAUCUAUGGAGAAAAAACAGGAAACGCCUUAACUUUGGAGUUGAAGCGAGGCCUUAUCAGCCUCUUCCAGCUUCAGGCACACUCCGGGACAGUGACUGAGGAGGACAUUUCUGGAAGCUGUCAAGUUACAUAUACAGUAUCUAAGAAUUCUGCUCUGAAGACAAAAGACCUACACAGCUGCGUGAGACCAAAAUUUGGAUUCAGCGCUGUUAACAAAAUUUUUGGAGUCCUGUGGCAACCCACAAGUACAAUCCAUUAUGCUUUGGAAGGAAAUCUCAUCAAGUCUAUCCUGUCUGAGGAAAACCACAUCAUCUCUCUUACCUUGAAAUCUUCUACUGGAGUGAAUAUCGCAUCUAGGCAGCAUCUUGAAUUCGUGACUCAAGUGCCUGGCCCCAAGGAAUUAUCUGGGAAGACUCUUGAGGAUGUCCUGGCUGCAGUGUUGCAAAAACCUCAACCCAUCAAUAUUGCCAGUGACCCUGCCAAAAGGAUCUGUACCCAAUGCCCAACACUCAGAACAUAUUUGAAAACACAUGCUAAAAAGAAGCUGAAAAUCAAUCUCUCCAGAGCAUCAACGACAUGGCAUUUUUGUAAAGUUGUCCAGAUGCUGCGUGAUGCCAAGAAGAAGGACAUUCUUCUGCUCUUAAAAGGAGCUCCAGAAUCUAUGAUCCCCUUCUAUGUUGAAGCUGCAGUAGCUGCCCAGUCAACAGCCUGUUUGACAGCGCUGUCUGAAUUUCUGGAUUUUGGGAACAAAACGCAAGCGCCUUUGAUAGAGAAGUUUCUCUAUGCUGCUGCUUUGUCUCCUCGACCUUCAAAGGAGCUUCUGCAUUUGGUGCUAGAUAAACUAAAUGAGAAGAAAUUAGACUCAGCUAUCUGGGAAACUGGAAAUCUUGUCUCAGGCAGCCUCCUUGGCAAGUUAUGUCGCCAGAAAUUGUGUGAACUGCAGGUUAAAAUGGCAAUGAAACACAUUUUCCAUCAAACCCGAAGACAGUACCAGAAAACCUCAAGGCUGGCUGCUGCAGAAAUCCUGCUGGAGAACAAUCCCUCCCCAAUGGACUUCAUCAAUGUUGUGUUGGCCACAAGAGAACUUGAACCAGAAAUGUCAAGAUUUCUAUUGUCAAAAAUUCAAGGCAUUGUACACUCCCGUCAUCAUCCAACCAGGCAGCUUAUCAAAGAUGUUCUGAAAGAUCCACAAAUAAAUAAUUACUUCUUCCUCUCCUCUGAAGCUGGCAGCUCCAUUUCCUUCUCUGGACCACUGGCAGUCACCAGUGACUCACUUUCUACAUUUGGUCUGGAGCUGCUGUUCUCAGACGUGGGUAUCCUGAGAAAAAGCACCACCAGCUUCAAUAUCCUAAGUCAUGGCCACCAACUCCAAGCAGCUCAGGUAGCCAUUGAAGCAAAGGGGUUUGAAGGUUUCAUGGGAGGUAACCCAGGUGAUGAGGAAGAGGACUUCAUGGCUGGCAUGUCUGCAGUUUUGCUUGAUGUCCAGUUGCGGCCGGUGGCUUUCUUUGAAGGUUAUGCAGACCUCAUGUCAAAGGUCCUUAUGAGCUCCUUAGAACCUACAAGUGUCAUCAAAGGGAAUGUGCUCCUGAUGGAUCAUCAACAGGCAAUCCCACUUCAAUCUGGUUUCCAAACCAUAAUUACUCUUCAAGGAGGGCUUGGCUUGGAUGUUUCUGCUGAUAUCAAUAUGAAUUUGUGGGAGCAGGAAUUCAAAACAGGUAUCAAAACAAGAGGUGCCUUGACCAUUGAUUUCCAAGCGGAAUUGGACACCCCAUUCUAUCAAGCCACAGUGAAAAGCCAAACAGAGGCAGAAAUGGCCACCAGUUUUAAUACCGUUGCCAAAUUUUUUGAUAGUCCUGUGCUCAUGUGUCUCCAGCUUACAGAGGAUCAGGUCUCUUACAGAGAGAUCUUCACAGUAUCUGAAUCGUCUACAAACCAUAGCCUGACUAUUCAAAAAGGGAAACGGGCCACCAUUCCUGGACGUGAGCUCCCUUUACACAAAGCCAACUCUGCCAUGUGCAAGAUCCUGCUUGCCCAGACAGUGGGACAAUAAAAGCCGUAUCACCGUGUUAGCAGCUUGACUUGGUUUUUUUCUUCUCCAGUGAUGACUGACCUUGGGCAAAGUUUGAAGAGGAAUAGCCCAUGUUUUUCAGUCCCUAUCUUCCUCACAUUUUUUUUAACUUUGAUAACAGGCUGCCCAGACCCAGUGCCACAAAAGACUGGGUUGGAAAUCCUUGGAACCCGCUAUUCUAAUCUUGAGAAAUAUUCCUUACAGCUCCACC